AUGUAUUCUGAGCUCUGUGAAUCCUCCGACGAGGACACCUUGCCCAUGCGGGAAAUCCUCAUACCACAUGAGGUGGCUGAAACCAGCGACUGGGCUAGCACUCAAAUAGCGCUAGAAGCGGCUCUAGUCGCCCUUGACCUGCAAGGUUCGAUUAUACACAAACUGCGUGGAAAGGUUUCGGCACUAGUUGACGAUUUAAGUCACCUGACAGCGUAA